AUGGAGAAGGCGACAUGGAUUAGAGGAAAAACCAUCGGCCGUGGAAGCUACAGUGUUGUUUCAUUGGCCGAAACCAACCACCAUCUCUUGCCGCCUGUCAUAGCUGUGAAAUCGUCUGAUUACUCCAUGUCUGGAUCGAUUCAGGAGGAAAGAAAGAUUCUUACCCAACUCCAAGACUGCCCACAAGUUAUUCACUGCUAUGGCGACGAUGUCACCGUUGAGGACGGUUUCAUCAUCUACAAUCUGUGGCUUGAGUAUGCUUCUGGAGGCAGUUUACACGAUCGGAUAGUGCGUUCUGGUGGUGGGUUGCCGGAAUCGGAGGUCAGGCGCUACACUCGCUCAAUCCUCAGAGGCCUCAGUCAUAUUCACAAGUGUGGCUUUGUUCAUUGCGAUCUCAAACCUGAGAACCUUCUGCUCGUGCCCAGCUCGUCUUCUAAGGGGAGGAGCUCUGUCAAGAUUGCCGAUUUGGGGCUCUCUAAGAGGGUUGGAGAAGAUAUGCUCUGCAGGGAGGAUGGGAUGCUGUUGAGGACCACGCCUCUGUAUGCAGCACCUGAAUCGAUUAAAUGCUGUUUGUAUGAGCCUUGCUCUGAUAUAUGGUCUCUUGGCUGCACUGUCAUAAUGAUGAUAACUGGUAAGCCUGCUUGGGAUUUUCCUCCAGAAGCUGAUGUGGAUUUAUUCUUGAAUAAGAUUGGUAACAAUCCCGUUGUGCCUGAGAUACCGGAGAAGUUGUCCAUUGAAGGUAAGGAUUUCCUCAACUUGUGUUUAAUUAGAGAUGAGACUCUUCGAUGGACUGCAGAUAUGCUACUAUUACAUCCGUUUGUAUCUGUUGAUGAUGAAAACGAUGAAGGGGGAGAAGAAACAAAAGGGGCCCAAGUGGAAACAGGGAAAUUUGAGUUUGUUCAAUCUCCAAGACAGGUGUUUGACUUCCCUCCUUGUGGAGAGAAAACGAGGAUCUGUGCCGAACUACCUGGGUUUUAG